AUGCCGCCGCCACUCUCAGCAGCGGACCUCGCGGCGUUUGACAGAGACGGCUUCGUGGUGCUCCGGGACGCCGUCCCGCGGGCCGUGGCCCUUGCCUGCCGGGACGCCCUCUGGGCCAAAUUGGAAGGGGACCGCGGCAUACGAAAGGACGAGCCGGCGACGUGGGCGAAAGCGGAGGGCGGCCGCGUCGGCCUCGCCGAGGCGUACGGUGGCGACGACCUCGGCGCGCCCUGGGCGGCGUGCUGGUCGCCGCGCCUCGUGGCGGCCGUCGACCAGCUCUGCGGCGAGGAUCGAUGGGAAAGGCCGGGUCUCGGGUGGUGGGUCAUAAACUUCCCGGCGCGCGGCGGCGCGGGCGCGUGGCACGUCGACGGCGCGCACUUCGCGCACACGCUCGCCUCGCCGGAAAUCGGCCUGGCGCCGAUCCUCCUCUUCUCGGACGUGGCCCCGGGCGGCGGCGGCACGGCGCUCGCGCCGGGCUCGCACCGCGCGGUCGCGGCGCUCCUCGCGCGCGCGGGGCCCGCCGGCGUCGGCGGUCCGCGCCUCUCCGCGCUCGCGCGCGCGGCCGUCGGCGAGCCCCCGCCUUUUAUAGUUGAGGCUUCGGGCCGCGCCGGCGACGUCGUCCUGGCCCACCCCCUGCUGCUCCACGCGCGGUCGGCGAAUUUGGGAGCUGUCGAUGAUGCGGACGCGGUCCGCUUCGGCUGCUUUCCCAACGUGCCCAUGCGCGCGCCUCUCCGCUUAGAGGGGGGCGCCGCGACGCCGGUCGAGGCGCCGCUGCGGGCGGCGCGCGGCGUCGGCGGCGCGCCGCUGCCCGCCGCGGCGCGGCGACGGCCGCGUUCCGCCGAGGACGACGCGCUCCUGCUCGAGAUGGGCUUCGCGCGCUUUGGGGGCGCGAAGAAGCGGCGGCGGGGGCGGUGA